AUGUCGACUCGGUAUAUGCUGAUGAUGCCUUCCGCAUUUAGUGCCUCAUACGACAGUCUUCAGAUGUCGUUGGAUAGCGGGACUAUCCUUUCGUGUUCUCAACCUGGAAUCCAUACAGAAGCCAUCGCUAACACGGUCUCGGAAGACGCCCAAGAGUUAUUUUAUCCCGAAGAUGUGGCCGCCAUCCAGGCUGAAUGGGCUCGGGCCUGCGAGGAAGAUGAAUACCUAAAGGCGUAUCACUGGUCUUCAGCAUCUUUACCGGAUGUUUCAAAUACUCAGAUGUCGUUUCCAACGUUGAACCAGUUCACCGCUCCGGUGGCUGGUCUCCCCCAGCUUCCCCCAUUCGAUCCGAGCCAACACUAUUCUCCGCAGCCCUCUUACGUCCCUCAGGCGUCGCUGGAAGUCCCCGCAUGGUCCCAGUAUGGCUAUGAUGGUGGUUCGUAUGCGAAUGGACCUAAUUUUGCUCAAAAUUACUUUCCCACUGUCGUCGACCUAGAGCUUUGGGCAGCGGGGGAUCCCCGCGCAUAUGGCCCCCGACCUCCAUUCUUUCAAGAGCAAAAUGCGCAUUUACAGGCUGGAGUGUCUAUCCCCUCGACAACGGAUUAUACCGGCAACGCAUACGCUAGUGCCGCCAUGGACACGAUGUCGGAUACCGAAACCUUUUUGCCGUCCGCAUCUGACUCUGAUGCGACAAUGUAUCUGAGUGAUGACAACAACUUGCAGCCAUCUUCCUCCGCUCCCAAUGGGCAGAUAUGCGCCAAACGUCCCAAGCGUAAAACUCGCCAUACCGUUCAAUCCGAGGAAGAUGGUUCCAGUUUAUCUCCCGUGCUAACCACCCGCAAGCGCAGAUGCUUGGACGACGACGACGAAGAAAUCAGAGAGGGGAAGUUUGGUUUUUACAGACUAGCGGAUGCUACUGCCGUAGUCAUGGGUAUGCCCGUUCACGACCCGAAGCCGGUAGAUAUCAGCAGCCGCAGGACUCAUGAUGCCCAUGGUAAUCUUCUUCGAACGAGGAGAUUUGGGGCGAUGGAACUCGACGAUUCCUACUCCAAGCGGUCCGUCAAGAUUACGAACGAACUACCCGCAGGGAUGACUUGCGUGCGAGCAUGCGGUUGGACGGACCAGCCCUGCGGGCUGUUUGUAGAAAUGAACAAGGCCCGCGUCGCAUAUCACUUGUUGCACUGGCACGGUGUCAAAUCCACAGACACGGCUGCCUGCAAAUUCGAGGAUUGCUCAAGAUCAGAGGCGAUGCUCAGUUUGGGCCGUCACGUCGAGAGCGUCCACUAUACUACGUCUUGCGAAUGCCCUUAUUGCGGAAAGCGGUGGUCGAGAUCCGAUUCUUUGGAUCGGCACCAAGCGACAUGCGGACCGCUCCUUGAAAGCAAGGACCGUGUUAAGAGGGGACGUCGCAAGUUCACUCUCCAAGACCCGAAGAAAUUGGUCUACGGGUAUAUUGUUCCUGCCCGCAACGCGACAUAG